GUGUGGCAGCGGUCCUACCUACUUCCUGGCUUCAGCAGUUCGUGUGUUUUGUGUGGUAGCCGUCCUACCAACUUCACGGCUCAGGUUGUAUUUCGAGUUCCAGCAAGGGAACAGGGAUUAAGCCGAAGGAGAGAUUUAGCCGUAUGGGUCUGUACUAUACGAAUACUGAGUAAUUGGUAGGUACACUUUUUUUAUUUAUUUUUGAGGAAAACAUAAGAAUAUGAACAUGCAGAUGGAAUCUGAUAUGCAGAAAUUAUAUAAAACCUUAACUUUAAGACAAGCAAACACAUUGUCACUAUGUUUAACUAGAGCGUAUUUAACUGAGCCAGUGCAGGCUUGUAAGAAAGAAUGUUUGUCGGCUGCUACGGGCAGCAGGUUUUCACGUGGGUAUUUACAGUGAUUUAUGUAACGUAAGUGUUUUGCCGAAAAUCGGAUCAGAGUAAGAACUGUAGCCAUAGAGCCUGCAUCAAGCAGGUCCUGGUACUCAUGGUACGCCGUAGCAGGGGCCCAGGAAUCAGGACCUGAGCAGCAAAGUACUCGCCAUUUCUCUGGACUGAAGUAAGGCUAUGUCCGAUAACCCCCGAAAGCAUGGGAACCAGCGUUCAAGUGCCGUUUCAGAAUGCAGGUAUGCGGCGGUCCAAAAACCUUGCUGGAACUCGAAAUACAACCUGAGCCGUGAAGUUGGUAGGACGGCUACCACACAAAACACACGAACUUCUGAAGCCAGGAAGUAGGUAGGACGGCUACCACACAAAACACACGAACUGCUGAAGCCAGGAAGUAGGUAGGACGGCUACCACACAAAACACACGAACUGCUGAAGCCAGGAAGUAGGUAGGACCGCUGCCACACAAAACACACCAACUGCUGAAGCCAGGAAGUAGGUAGGACGGCUGCCACACGAACACACGAACUGCUGAAGCCAGGAAGUAGGUAGGACCGCUGCCACACGAACUGCUGAAGCCAGGAAAUAGGACCGCUGCCACACGAACUGCUGAAGCCAGGAAGUUGGUAGGACCGCUACCACACAAAACACACGAACUGCUGAAGCCUGGAAGUAGGUAGGACUGCUGCCACACGAACACACGAACUGCUGAAGCCAGGAAGUAGGUAGGACCGCUGCCACACGAACUGCUGAAGCCAGGAAAUAGGGCCGCUGCCACACGAACUGCUGAAGCCCGGAAGUAGGUAGGACGGCUGCCGCAUAAACUGCUGAAGCCAGGAAGUUGGUAGGACGGCUACCACACAAAACACACAAACUGCUGAAGCCAGGAAGUAGCUAGGACGGCUGCCACACGAACUGCUGAAGCCAGGAGGUUGGUAGGACGGCUACCACACAAAACACACGAACUGCUGAAGCCAGGAAGUAGGUAGGACCGCUGCCACAAGAACACACGAACUGCUGAAGCCAGGAAGUAGGUAGGACGGCUGCCACACGAACUGCUGAAGCCAGGAAGUAGGUAGGGCGGCUGCCACAUGAACACACGAACUGCUGAAGCCAGGAAGUAGGUAGGACCGCUGCCACACGAACUGCUGAAGCCAGGAAAUAGGACCGCUGCCACACGAACUGCUGAAGCCAGGAAGUUGGUAGGACGGCUACCACACAAAACACACGAACUGCUGAAGCCAGGAAGUUGGUAGGACCGCUACCACACAAACCACACGAACUGCUGAAGCCAGGAAGUAGGUAGGACGGCUGCCACGCGAACUGCUGAAGCCAGGAAGUUGGUAGGACGGCUACCACUCAAAACACACAAACUGCUGAAGCCAGGAAGUAGGUAGGACGGCUGCCACACGAACUGCUGAAGCCAGGAAGUUGGUAGGACGGCUACCACACAAAACACACGAACUGCUGAAGCCAGGAAGUAGGACCGCUGCCACACGAACUGCUGAAGCCAGGAAGUAGGUAGGACCGCUGCCACACGAACUGCUGAAUCUAGGAAGUAGGUAGGACCGCUGCCACACGAACUGCUGAAGCCAGGAAGUAGGUAGGACCGCUACCACACGAACACACAAACUGCUGAAGCCAGGAAGUAGGUAGGACGGCUACCAUACAAAACACACAAAAUGCCUGAGACAGAGGCGGCGUCUGGAGAUGGUAGGCCUGGCUGUAACUGGGAUUGGGAAACCACGAGGGGAAUUCUUCUGGCAAAACUGGAAGUGACCCAUUGACGUCGGCCCGGUAUGGAGGUAGGUUUGGGUUUAUAUAGGCCGGAUCAACCCCUCCCACAACUACAGGCUCCGUGUAUAUAUAUAUAUAUAUAUGUAUAUAUAUAUAUACACACACACACUGUACCUUGCACUCAGACUCCAAUUUCCAAGACCGGGUGCACUACCAGGGCUCCAAACAUCCAAAUGGUUGUGAUAGAUGGCUGCACUCACGGUUUUCCUUAAAAUAUAACUUUUAAUAAGGCUUUUAAAAGAUCAACGUUUCAGUCCUACUUGUGGACUUUCAUCAGGAUCAUCAUAUCAUACCAUGAUGAUCCUGAUGAAAGUCCACAAGUAGGACUGAAAUGUUGAUCUUUUAAAAGCGUUAUUAAAAGUUUAUAUUUUAUGGAAAACCGUGAGUACAGCCAUUUAUAUAUAUUAUGGACGGAAAGUUGUAGUGAUUAUCAAGUGCCAUAAUGUCCUUAAUGGAUAUUCAUUUUCAUUUGUGCCAGGGAAAAAAGAGGGGGAAUUCCCUCCUGACUUGAAAGUGGCAUUCAGAAUUUUCAUUGGAUCAACAAGCUGCUAAUACCCAGGAUGCACACCACAAUUACCAAACCAAAUGCAGUACUUUAUUAAAGAAACACUCCAGACCCCUAAAGCACUUCAUCUUGCUACAGUGCCUUAUGUGUGAAUAGUGUGUCCCCAUGUUACAUUUUACAAAACCUGCUGCUUUCAAGAGAAAUUAGCACUAUUCUAAAUUACCUUUUUACAUUCCCUGGCUGUCAAUCAGACAAUAGGUCAUGUUAUUUCCUGGUUUGUUGAGCUCAGUGGAGCUAAACUCAAGAGGCAGCAAACACCAAGAGCACCUGUCUUGCACAGACUUCUCAUUGAGCGGCAUUAGGAAGUCUGUGAUUAGACAGACACGGAAAGUCUGGGAAGGGUUAGAAGAGGAGGGCAUUGCAAAGUCUUUACAGAAGUUGUUUUUUUUUUUUGCAAAUUGAUUUUAGUUAUACCCCCCAAUUUAAAAAAUGUCAUUAAAUGCAUACAUGCAAUUUUAAUCCCCCCCCCUCCACCCACCCACACACUGCAGUAGAGUAUCCCUUUAAUGAAUAUCCCUUUAGCUAGUAUAAAGCAGAAUAUCUUGGUUUGCCACAAAACAUUCAGACCUUUUUAGAUGUAUGAUAAUUACAAGAUUUCCCUAUGCAUCCUUUUUUUUUUUUUUUAAAUUCUCACUGUAGAAAACAGUUUCUUCCUCCACAGGUGAAAUCUCUUUUCUUUAAGUCUCAAUAGAUAAACUCUAUAAUCUUUGCACAGUCUUGUCAUUGACUAAGUCGCCUUAGAGCUGUUUUUUUCCACUGUACAGAUUUGUCUAAUGUUAUAUCCUCUCUGCGAUCCACACUUGCAUCUUUUAUUCACGAUUACUACAGGGAGUGCAGAAUUAUUAGGCAAAUGAGUAUUUUGAGCACAUCAUCCUCUUUAUGCAUGUUGUCUUACUCCAAGCUGUAUAGGCUCGAAAGCCUACUACCAAUUAAGCAUAUUAGGUGAUGUGCAUCUCUGUAAUGAGAAGGGUGUGGUCUAAUGACAUCAACACCCUAUAUCAGGUGUGCAUAAUUAUUAGGCAACUUCCUUUCCUUUGGCAAAAUGGGUCAAAAGAAGGACUUGACAGGCUCAGAAAAGUCAAAAUAGUGAGAUAUCUUGCAGAGGGAUGCAGCACUCUUAAAAUUGCAAAGCUUCUGAAGCGUGAUCAUCGAACAAUCAAGCUUUCAUUCAAAAUAGUCAACAGGGUCGCAAGAAGCGUGUGGAAAAACCAAGGCGCAAAAUAACUGCCCAUGAACUGAGAAAAGUCAAGCGUGCAGCUGCCACGAUGCCACUUGCCACCAGUUUGGCCAUAUUUCAGAGCUGCAACAUCACUGGAGUGCCCAAAAGCACAAGGUGUGCAAUACCCAGAGACAUGGCCAAGGUAAGAAAGGCUGAAAGACGACCACCACUGAACAAGACACACAAGCUGAAACGUCAAGACUGGGCCAAGAAAUAUCUCAAGACUGAUUUUUUCUAAGGUUUUAUGGACUGAUGAAAUGAGAGUGAGUCUUGAUGGGCCAGAUGGAUGGGCCCGUGGCUGAUUGGUAAAGGGCAGAGAGCUCCAGUCCGACUCAGACGCCAGUAAGGUGGAGGUGGAGUACUGGUUUGGGCUGGUAUCAUCAAAGAUGAGCUUGUGGGGCCUUUUCGGGUUGAGGAUGGAGUCAAGCUCAACUCCCAGCCCUACUGCCAGUUCCUGGAAGACACCUUCUUCAAGCAGUGGUACAGGAAGAAAUCUGCAUCCUUCAAGAAAAACAUGAUUUUCAUGCAGGACAAUGCUCCAUCACACGCGUCCAAGUACUCCACAGCGUGGUUGGCAAGAAAGGGUAUAAAAGAAGAAAAUCUAAUGACAUGGCCUCUUUGUUCACCUGAUCUGAACCCCAUUGAGAACCUGUGGUCCAUCAUCAAAUGUGAGAUUUACAAGGAGGGAAAACAGUACACCUCUCUGAACAGUGUCUGGGAGGCUGUGGUUGCUGCUGCACGCAAUGUUGAUGGUGAACAGAUCAAACACUGACAGAAUCCAUGGAUGUCCUUGCAAAGAAAGGUGGCUAUAUUGGUCACUGAUUUGUUUUUGUUUUGUUUUUGAAUGUCAGAAAUGUAUAUUUGUGAAUGUUGAGAUGUUAUAUUGGUUUCACUGGUAAUAAUAAAUAAUUGAAAUGGGUAUAUAUUUGUUUUUGUUAAGUUGCCUAAUAAUUAUGCACAGUAAUAGUCACCUGCACACACAGAUAUCCCCCUAACAUAGCUAUAACUAAAAACAAACUAAAAACUACUUCCAAAAAUAUUCAGCUUUGAUAUUAAUGAGUUUUUUGGGUUCAUUGAGAACAUGGUUGUUGUUCAAUAAUAAAAUUAAUCCUCAAAAAUACAACUUGCCUAAUAAUUCUGCACUCCCUGUAUAUUUGAUUGAGAAACCGAGAAACGUCUGUUUCCUGCUAUGGGAAAAUCCCGUUUUGGUAAUAUCAGCAAAUAAACACAGCAGGGACUCUUUUUGUGCCUAGAUCAAUUUCAGACAUAGGUUUAUCUACUAAAUGUAGAAUUGACAACAGAAUUACACACUUUUAACUAGGGAUAGGCAACUCCUGGCACACCUUUGCUAAUGCGUUGCCAACAUUAUAGCUGUAAGAGCAUUGUCAGAGAUGUAGUCCACAACAAAAAUUGUUGAAGAUUUGACACAGUUUGAAACUCAGUAUUACUUUCACCAAUUAUAUUGAGAUUAGAGUGGUAUUUAUUUUGUCCCAGUAAUUUAUGAUGCUAUGAUAAAUUACUGUGUGACAACACAAACCUUUGUAAUACGUAUACCUGAGGGACCAAGAGAGCGGCGCCAGAGAGCAGCACUGUUACCAGUCUGAAAGCGAAAACAAGAGACUGGAAUUAGACGUUCAGACUAACAGCAAAUUCCUUCUUUGUGUGCAGGACAUUCUCCGAUUAAAGGGCAUUUUUAUAUCAAUGAUGCUGAGGCUUCUGGAAAAUAACUUACAGUCUGGUUCGGUUCUUGUGGGGGAGCCAGCGGCUGAGGUGAUGGGCUAUGUGUGCCAGGAGGUAGUGGAUCAUUGUGCAGCUUUGUUCAGAGUCAGAGCAUUCGGGAAUAGACAUGGUCACCGGAUACACUGUGACUAUCAUUAUAAAUAAUAUAUGGAAUGGGAAAUGCUUUAACUCUGUCAUAUACAUUUGUGGCUACAGUGAACAUAACAGCGGUUUAACAGUUCAGCACGCCUUUUUGCUAAAAACAUUGUAUUUUGGGUUUCUUAGUAUAACAGAGUUUCACAGUAAUGUGUCUUUAAACUACAUUUACUGUGACUAGAACUCAGUCUGUGAAAACAGAGCUGGAUUAAGAUUGCCCAUGACCCCUCCCAGAAUCCUGGACUCUGUUUCUGUAUGGGUUUUUUUGGGGGGGAGGAGGGGGGCUCAGAGGGGACAUAAAGCUGUAUGUGGUGGGAGGGAAGCUGAAUAUGCCUGUGUUUAGUGUCUGAGUGUUUGUGUGUUUUUAAUUCCCCUCCUGCUGACCUUUUGGCAGGAGGGGCGUUAUCCCUGGUGGUUCAGUAAACUCUGGGCAGGAUCAAUGGUGGUCCUGUGGUGCUCCCCCAUGGUCUGGAACUCAGUCAGUUACUUAGAACACUGGCUGCUCUGCUCAGUCAUUGAGAAGCAAGGAAACGUUGAGCGAGCUCUUAAAGGAACCCAAAAUGUAACCCUGACCCUAUUGUGUUAAAACCACCAACUAGCCCCCCUAGCCUCUCUAAAUAUAAUAAAAUUUAAAGGGACACUAUAGUCACCUGAACAACUUAAGUUUAAUGAGGUUGUUCAGGUGAGAACUAUAGCUCCCUGCAGCCUUUCUCAUGUAAACACUGCAUUGUCUGAGAAAAUACAGUGUUAACAUUGAAUGCUAGGAACACCUCCAGUUGCAGUCACUCAGAGUGAACCAGAGGGACUUCGGAGUUGAUGGAGGCAUCCACUCAGAUCUGCUGUCAGCAGAGCACAGGGCGGCACUGUGCACAGCAUCCUGUGAUUCAGUAUCUCCUCCCUCUGCAUGCAGACACUGAACUUUCCUCAUAGAGAUUCAUUGAUUCAAUUCAUCUCUGUGAGGAGAUGUUGAUUGGCCAGGGCUGUGUUUGAAUCGUGCUGGCUCUGCCCCUGAUCUGCCUCUAUGUCAGUCUCAGCCAAUCCUAUGGGGAAGCAUUGUGAUUGGAUCAGGCUACCACAUGUCAGCAGACUGCUUGUUUUUCUGAGGGGCUAGAUGGUGGUGUUAACACUAUAGGGUCAGGAAUACAUGUUUGUGUUCCUGACCCUAUAGUGAUCCUUUAACUGUUUGCUGACUGGUGAUUUUAUUACAAGACACGAAGGCGAAUAUUGCAUAUCCCUUUCUUUACUGUCCACCAAUAGCAGCAAAGAAUACAAAACAGAAUGAAAAAUAAUGCAUACAUAGUAACAUAGGCCACUCCUAGUCAAGUCCCAGUAUAAUAGCAGGCACCACCCUCAGAUCUUCCUCUUUCUUUGCUGCUCCACAGUCAGAUAAGUACCUAAUUUUCUCUGUUCUGUGGGUUUUGUUAAAUUUUGUGAUUUGUUACUAUUUUCCUGUUAUAUUACAUGUAUUUACUAUGCUUAUGAUAGACUUGGGGUCCCAGACCAGGUAAAGGCUAUUUUUAUCUGUUUGGGUGUUUUUGUUGUACGUCUGUCUCACUUUUCUCUGUCUUUUACCCCUACUUGAGGUUUCUGUUUUUUGGUACCUGCUGUAUGGUUCUGCCCUUGUCUUGUUCUGUUCUGUUUCCUCUGGUACCCCUGUGUCUUUCCCUCUGUUUCUGGGGCUCACUGGAGUCCCGGGCCUUUUGGCACCUUUUUUGACUCACAUGUUCAGCUCCGUUCGACCAGUGUGGGCCUGGCGUUUGGCAGUUUGCUCGCACGAACGCCAGAAACUCUCGCUUCGGCUGUUUUGACCCGUUCGUUGGUUUUGCCUUACUGCAUGUGUUCCGCCUACGAACGACCUUAUACCCGUUCAGUAGUAGUUUUUGGGCGCGUUUGCAGGGUUUUUGCCUCCCACGACUCUCGCGAGCUUUGGAGACUGUGUUUUUCCAUCCCGUUUUUCUCUCCUACCCCUCCUUUGUUUUACCUUGCCUGCGUCAUGUAGUUACAGCUGGUCUGGGUCCUGGUGAGAUCUCUGCUAUUUACCUUUUCACCACACACAUCUACCACAGACACAGCAACCACAGAUAUCUAGCACACACACAUCUACCACAGAAACAGCCACCACACACACAUCUACCACAGACACAGCCACCAAAGACAUUUAGCACACACACAUUUACCACAGAAACAGCCACAAGACACAGACACCACACACAGCCACCACAGACACCUAGCACACACAUCUACCACAGACACAGUCACCACAGAUAUCUAGCACACACACACAUCUACCACAGAAACAGCCACCAGACACAGCCACCACAGACAUCUAGCACACACAUCUACCACAGGCAGUCACCACAAACACCCAGCACACACACAUCUACUACAGAAACAGCCACCACACACACAUCUACCACAGACACAGCCACCAAAGACAUUUAGCACACACACAUUUACCACAGAAACAGCCACAAGACACAGACACCACACACAGCCACCACAGACAACUAGCACACACAUCUACCACAGACACAGUCACCACAGACAUCUAGCACGCACACACAUCUACCACAGAAACAGCCACCAGACACAGCCACCACAGACAUCUAGCACACACAUCUACCACAGACAGUCACCACAGACAUCUAGCACACACACAUCUACCACAGACAGUCACCACAGACAUCUAUCACACACGCACUCACAUCUACCACAGACAUCUAGCACACACACACAUCUACCACACACAUCUACCACAGACAGUCACCACAGACAGUCACCACAGACAUCUAGCACACACACACAUCUACCACACACAUCUUCCACAGACAGUCACCACAGACAUCUAGCACACACGCACUCACAUCUACCACAGACAUCUAGCACACACACACAUCUACCACAGACACAGCUUUCUGAUUGUUCCAACCAAAGCUUUAGUGAUUUUUACUAGUAGCCAGUUAGUGACUAUAAAACAGACUAUGAGGGUAAGUUGAACACAUACCUGUACAGUAAUUGACAUGCUAUAUAUUUGGCUGCUAGGAAAUUAGUUACGAUGUGAAUAGAUGUGGCUAGCAUUUACUUUACCUGGUGUUCUGCAGGUUGAGGUCACUAUGACAUCAUGGCCAUAGGUUUCCCCCUCUUGGUGACAUUCCAGUAACCCCUUUGGUGCCAAAAGACGCACAGCAAACAAAGGCCUCAAAAGUUUUUUAAGGGGUUAAUUCCCCUCCCCUGCUACCGACACAGCUUUUGGAUUGCCCCCGUCACGACUUCAGUGAUUUUUACCACUACCCAGUUAGUGACUAUAACACAGACCAUGAGGGUAACAGCCGCACACUGAGCAAGUAGCAGCAUUCUGCAGCGAGAUACAGGACACUUGGCUCAGAUGCCUGGUGCUGGGUGGCCCAUGCUGGGUUAUAGCUUCACUCGUCUUUACAGCUGAUUGGGCAGAAACAAAGUAUGAUGCUGAAAAAUGCAAUGUGUGGGAAAGCAGCCAUGCGCUUCCAACACAAAUGGACUAUUCUUCUGCCUGUGGUUUGCUGUCCAGCAUCGCCCCCUGCUGUACAAACAUCAAAAGCACAAGAAUGGAGAGCAUUUUAUAAACUGCUCCAAUGAUAUAGAAAGGUUCUUGGACCAUUGUUCAAUGAAAGCUGACUUUUUAAUUUAUUCCUGUGAUUAUUUGCUCCGCGGGCUGGAGAAAGCCAUUGUUCAAUGCCUAUUUAACUACAAGCAGUGUGAGAAUGUGUUCCAAAGGGGGUGUGACAGGACAACUGAGGCAUGCAAAGCACUCUAGUGAAAGCUUUAAAAACAAAACAAAAAAAAACUAUAUAUUUGUAGCCUUUUCACAAACCGUUCUAAACUUUACAUUUUUAUUAAUGACAUUGUAAAUUUAUUGGGUGAUCCGGGACAUGGCAAAUUGUAGGUAGUGGAAGAAGUAGAAAACAGCCUGAAUACACCCAAAAUAAUACUAAACGCUGUUCACCACCACACGCAGCCUUCAGUUCGGUUCCACUGUGCCAACACUUUAAUGAAAAAAAAUAAAUGAGAAAGAACUUUUAAUAAGUGCAAUCAAUGAACUCCUCGUCUUCGUCCCUUGCUGCUCACACAGAAAGCAUUCCCAGUGCUCAGUAACACCAGGAAUAUUGAACCACUUACUUUAAAGUACACGUAAAGGCACCCAGGUCACCUCCUCACAAUGAGGAUGUCUGGGUGCUGUGGCCCUGUCGUUUUAACUUUGUUUUAUUAGAUACGGCAAUGUUACAAUUGCAAUGGAUUGGCUAUUCGUACCAUUGAUCUCAGCCAGGGAAGCAAGACUGGCAUUGUGGGGACAAGCGCAGCGAGGGCUACAAUGCAAGUAAAACUAUAUUUUUAUUUUGAGAGGGGGGGGGGGGGGGUAAACAAAACAGUUAGAAGCACACUGUAAUAUUUAAAAUACAUGUUUGUAUUCCUAUAUUCCUAAUGCUAUAGUGCUCCUUAAGGCCCUCCUAAUCCUAAAUCAUCCUAAUGCUACCACAAAUAUAGCCGGAAACCCAGUGCCUGGUCAGUUGCAGUUUAGUGUAAUCGUUGCAGCAAUGAGAUUCACUUUAAAAUGGAAGGGAUACAUUCAGUUAUUAGUGAUUUAAGUGAACCUCACGGGACGAUUAUCAGCCAAUCUGGAGAACAUUGAGCUGAAUGAUGAUGAGUUCAUUGAAUAAGUGUUGGGUGCCACGUUACGCCUUAUUUCAGUAGUUUUGGUCUGUUAACCUGUGCCGUGGCAUUCUCUGUGACAUUGUGGGUUUAUUUGUUAUGGUGAUGAUACACAAUAUAACACAUAUUUCCUUUCUAUUUGCAGUGCAUGCAUAAUUUAAUCUGUGUUUGGAUCUAGCGUGCAGAUGUGAUUUGAGCUCCUUGCUCUUAUGUUGCGAUUGUCCAAGACAGUUUCGUUCUUUCUCUCUGCCUUUGCCACGUGCAAAUUGCACGUAUGUAAUGUGCGCCCAUGGCUGCUAGUUAGGCAAAGACACCCCCUGGGACUCAGGGACUCAGCGAGAUCAUAUAGUGAAGCCAACACUUGGUCAAAGAAUGGCAUUGGGACACACAACGCAAAUGGGGCUGGGGGUGAGUUUAAACGUUUAUUUUUAAAUUGGGAUUGUUACGCUGGAAGGACAAGCUUGAACUAUAUAGAAUUUCAGCUAAAUUAUUCAUAUUGGUUUCUUUUUGCAAUUUUCUCUUUCUUCAUUUAUGUUCUAUUUUUCGUUUCUCUUUUUUUAUCUUUUAUAGUGGCAAAAAUGUUCAAGUCCUAUACUGUUAUCCAGUCCUUAAAAGUUACUUGCCACUGCAAGGUUUCCUGGGGUUUACCACUGUUGACAGCCUGUUAAUGACCUGCUGUGAGAUAAUUUAGUUAAUUCGAGAUUUAGGACUGUGCACACUAUUAUAAAACCAAAUCUAACGGGGUGAAUGGACUGGCAUAGGUAGUGUUGUACUCUGGUUAAAAGUUGUCCUGACUCUUGUGAGACCUGGUAAACACUGAUCUCAGUUAUCUGAAUAUGUAAGUACCGUUCUGGGCAAUGACUCAGGGGAAGUUAAAUGAAAGGAACUUCUUCUAGGUUAAUAUCCAUGAAACUACGAAUAUAGAGCUUCUCAUUAGUUGUGGUUUUAUUUUUACGAACUGGCUACUCCAAACUUUCUGCAUGGCUGAUCCCCUUUUGACAUCAAUGGGAAUAGGAGUGUUUAUAAAUCUGGUAGCCAUAGACUCCUAGCUUGGAAUUUUCAUCAGACUAAACUGCAAAAUGUAGAGAUAUGAGAUCCAGAAUUUCUCCAAAUCCGCUAUUUUCAUUUAAACUAUUAGGGUUUUAAUGUGCUACAUUUCAGAGUUACGUGAAUAACUAAUAUUUGGGCAGACUAGAUGGGCCGAAUGGUUCUUAUCUGCCGUCACAUUCUAUGUUCCUAUGUUUCUAUAUAGUAUAAUAUAGUGAAUUGUUGUGAGUUUCGAGUUAUAAGUUAAAAUAAGCUAACAGAAAGCAGCUGACAUGGAAAAUUGGUCAAGUUUGGCUAUUGUGGCCAAACAUGUUAAAUUUCUGGUGGGUGCUUUGAAAGGCUGCAAGCAUACAGGUAGGUAUAAUGCACUGGGCCUUUGACCAUAAAGCAAACACAGAUAACAGAUGGUGCUCCAAUUGGGACUACAAGCCCCAGAUGCUUUGCCCGAGUAUCUGAGUCAGACUUGACUGUCCUAGUUCCAGCACAUCAAGUGAUACAGUAUAUCGAGAUCAAUGUAAAUGUAUAACUAGGUUCAUUGAUAAGAUGUUAUGUCAUUAUAUUUAAAGAAAGGGACGGAUGUGAUGAUAAUAUUUUCUCUAACAGGUGCUAUCAGGAUUAUUUACUAGAGUGAGAAUUUAAAGUAAAUUUCAAGUUUAAAGGGACACUAUAGGCACCCAGACCACUUCAUCUUAUCUGGGGGCAGUGUCCCUGUUCCCUUAACUCUGCAAUGUAAGAGAAACUGCUAUGUUUACAUUCCAUCGCUAAGACUACCUCUACAAGACAGCCACUAGAGGCGCUUUCUGCAGUUUCACGGAGUGAAAUGACACUGGACACCCUCAUGCUUUGGAUGAGGACAUCAAAUGCCAAGAAAAACCCCAUAGGAAAGCAUGAGUCAAAGCUUUCCUAUUGGGCAGGCCUAAUGUACUCACCACACUUGCUCAUUAGGUCCCCCCUUCAUUGGCUGACGUCAGCGGAGGAGGAGUGCAUUCCAGCAUGGAAAGGCAUUGGCUCUGGAAUCAGAUAAGACAAAAGGAUUUAUUAACCCCUUCUAGGAAGACAGAGCUACGAAGGCAGAGAGACACUUUAGUAUUAGGAAUAUAUCUUUGUAUUCCUAAUACUAAAGUGUUCCUUUAAGGCCAGAGUAGCCAGACUGAAAGUAUUGCUGUGUUACAGAGUUUUCCAGUUCAGCUAUAUAGAGCUUAAUUUUGGAAUUCACUUUGAAUUCCCUCUUUAGUGAAUGUUUCUGUAUAUCCUUUUAAUUGAUUUAAUAGAGCCCCUGCAUAUCUUGCUGAAACUCUAAUCAACAAGAGGAUUCUGGGAUUGCAGCCGUCCUGGUAUAAUGAGCAUAAAUCAGCUCAUGGAUUAUUGUAUAUUAUUUGGUGUGAAGAAAUCCCUCUCUAUGUAUAAUAUUUCUUCCAUAUUCAUUCGGUAGAUAUAACUACCUAACAGAGACCACCCCCCUGGCUCAUUAAACUUCAAAGAAUGCGUCAAUUGAACUCUCUAUCUGUGCGGCCAGAGUUUGUACUACCGAACGCCACGUGGCUGAGAAAACGGCGGCCAUCUUUUUUUCAGGCGAACAAAGGCAGCGGGACUUGGUCGAGUGUCUAGAACUAAAAUCGAACACUCGACUUCCCGAACACCGGUGUCAACAAGUGAACGCUGGAUCUUUAUUUCCCUAACAGCUAGAAGAGCGCUGUUCGGUACUUUUGUGCAUUCAAAUGAGGGGAGCAAUCACUGCUAAGAGCCAGGGGAAUCCAUUCGUGGAAUUAUUCGGGUUUUUGCCACUUAACUGAAUAGACCGGCAAAACCACCCAAACUCCUGGAACUAUUUUGGGCAGCCAGCUCACGGUUAGCCGGUCACAAAGGACUUCCACACUUUUUGAGAACCCCUGAACCGAUCUGGGUGAAAUUUGAAUAUGUCGGUCACCCAGAUCGGGGCUAUCAGGGGACAUAUUGUUUGUGGGGAUACCCCAUGCCUAAAGGGGUGUUCUGAAUAUUGGGGGAAAUUUUUAUUUUUCUGCCUGGAGAUAAUCAAGUUAUUACUUUAUCAGACUUGAUUAUCUCCAGGACUCGGGGAGGGAAUUGUAUGUUUGUGCUGGGUGUGUUUUAUGGUUUUACUGUAACUGAUUGGUUAUACUGUGUCCCUCCCUGUGGGAUGUCCCCUUGCAUGGGGACUUGCAUAAAAGCCUGUGUGUGGUCAUUAAAAGCCAGUUCUGUUGUACCCUUCUUCUUGACUUCGGCUGAUGUUUGGGGAUUCGUAUGCUUUAAUAAGGGAAUUAUCUUAUAAAGUGAUUUGUAUUCGUAUGGAUUUCGUCUAUUUCAUGUACUGAACGGAGAGCUAUACUCACUGAUGCUCUGGCGGUUCGGGAGGAAACUACCGAAUGAGGAUUGAAUAUACUCGGUUUCCUUACAUUUGGCAUUGGGGUUAUUUUAGUAUUGUACGUAUGGCACUGGAACACAAAGGGUUAACACCAAUGGCGUUUGUAUGAUCAAUAGUCUGAAACCUCUUUAUCUAUAACCUUUAUCUCUUCUUAUCCCAAUAUAUGCCUAACAGCCAGCCAACAGGUCAGAGUGAGUUUAUUAGUAAUGGUUUGUAAAGUGGGUUUUGCAAUUUCUUAGUAAAGGCUACAUUUCAACAGUAAUAUAGUCCCAUAGUUGGACGAGAUGUAUAUCUAACAGUUUGCACUUGACCCUUACUCUACUGUGGGCUUCAGUGAGCUGUCAGACAAAUGUAUUGUACUUUCUACUCAAUAUUAAAACAUAUUUCAUAGCAAAAGGGAGCUAGUCAUUUUUUUGUGUUGACUCAUAAACGGGAUGUGGGUUACAGAUAUUACUGCAAGUUAUUUCAGAAUUGUGAAAUCGCAUUAUCUCUUGUUAAUGUUCCUUAUCCUAUUGCUAGAUUUCAUCAGUAAUCCAGAAGCCAUUGGUUUGAAUUUGUGGCCACCAGUACGAGCCAUGGAGAAACGCACUGAACGGACAGAGGUUGUGCUGCUUGCCACCGGCUCUUUCAAUCCAGUCACGGUCAUGCAUCUCAGGCUGUUUGAACUGGCCAGAGACCAUCUCCACGAGACAGGUAUGGAUCAAGACUUCAGAAUGAAUGUAAACAUCAAUGGAACUCUUUACAGCAGUUUCUGGGACUGGACUAUUCCAGGGUGUGGAUAUGAGUUUUUUUAUAAUUUCUGUACAGUCAGUCCCCUGUUUGUAGACCGUAACAAGUAACUUUAUAUUGAAGAUGAGUCCAAACAUUUCUGACAAUCAUUGAGAAGUGAUGUUUGUCCAGGCACACAUUCCUGUUCCAAGCCGAGCAAAUGCCAUAAUAUUUACUGUCAGAAAACAGUGGCAAUUGUUACAUCGUAUUUUGUUUCACAAAGUAAAAUCUGGCUGAUGAUGUCAGUAUUUCAGCAAUUUGUAUUUAACUCUUACUUUGUCAUCUUGCCUUAUCAUCUUCUUAGCCCUGUGCAUUUGUGCAAGCUUAUUAACCCUUUCACUUCUGGGCCUUUAGGAAAGGAGAUAGUGCAGUUUAUUUUGGAUUUGCCUGAUGUGUCAUGAGAUUAGGUUACCAAUAGUGAUCUAAUCGGUAGACUACAUGUGUUACUGCCAAACUGGGGUUUAACACAUGGUCUAUAAGUGUAAAUACCAAAAAUAAUACAGUGGAACCUCGGAACUCGAACGUUCCUGUUCACCAACAAUUCGAACUUAAAUUUUGUGUAAAAAAAUGUCUCGGUACGCAAACGAUCCUCGGUACCCAAACACCUCAUGCUGCAUUCACUUCUAUGGUAAUCUCGUUGGUACCUCUUUAGUAUGACGCAUCGCUAUUCCAUUCAGUCAUUCAUUGCAUUCAGACUUAAAUUAGAGGUCCACUAACUCUUAAAUAAAUUCUAUUGAGUCUUCACAUAGAGCUCCAUUCAGUCUGCAAAAACUCAACAUAGGUCCCAAGGAUAUUGGCCAACCCAAGAGGAAAAUUGGGAGAACGACAAUAGAAUUGAAAAAAUAGAUUUUAAAACAUGAAAGCAGUGUCCGCGUCUCUGAUCUAGCAACACAGUUUGGUAUGGUCAAAUCUACAAUUUGUACCAUAUUAAAAAAUAAAGACGCCAUCGAAGGAGCUAAUGUUGCUAAAGGGGUGAAAGCAAUUACAAAACCAAGAAGCCAGACACUAGAAGAAGUAGAAAAAUUCGUAUUGAUAUGGAUAAAUGAAAAACAGUUAGCCGGUGAUAGCAUAUCAGAGGCAAUAACUUGUGAAAAAGCAAGACGUGCAUGCUGAUCUUGUGAAAAGCACCCCUGAAACAAGUGCUGAGAGUGAGAUUUUUAAGGCAAGUAGAGGGUGGUUUGAAAAGUUUAAAAGGAGAAGUGGCAUACACAGUGUGGUGAGACAUGGUGAAGCUUCCAGUGCUAACAAAGAUGGGGCUGAGAAAUUUGUUGUGGAAUUUAAAGGAUCACUAUAGUGUCAGGAAAACAAAGCGGUUUUCCUGACACUAUAGUGCCCUGAGGGUCCCCCUCCCGUUGCGCUGAAGGGAUUAAAAACCCGUUCAGCCACUUACCUUAAUUCAGCACCGGGCUACCUCGGCCCUGGUGACAUCUCCUCCCCGUCCGACGUCAGCUCCCCCGUCCGACAUCACUGAAGCUGAAUGCGCAUGUGCGGCAAGUGCCGCGCGCGCGUUCAAAGUGUCCAUAGGAAAGCAUUUCUCAAUGCUUUCCUAUGGACGCUCUGCGCGAUGGAGGCGAAAUUCCUGACGGCUUUACAUCAGAGUACUAUAAAUCCUUGAAACAACAGCUUAGUCCCACUCUCAAAAACUUGUUCAAUAAAAUAUAUUUAGAAGGCCUACCAAUAGAUGAACUUAAUCAAGCCAGAAUAAUUCUGAUACCCAAACUCGACAGGGAUGCUCAGAAUUUGGCUUCCUAUCGCCCAAUAUCAUUACUUAAUCAGGACGUCAAACUCCUUACCAAAAUCAUUGCUCUGACUGCACUAACCUCUCACCAACUGGGCUUUGUGCGGGGCAGGCAGGGAGUGACAGGGGUCCACAGAGCUCUCGUGGCUGUGGCUUAUGCCACGUGUGGGGGACUGGACUCAUACUCUCAUCCCUUAUUAGCCUUGACAUAGAGAAGGCUUUUGAUAGCAAAUCCUGGUAGCACCUGAUUAUGGUGCUAAAGUUGAGAUACUUCGGUCACACAUUUGUCCAUUUUAUUCAAAAUUUACAACAUCCUCCUACUACCUGUAUUACCACAAAUGGCCUUAACUCGCCAUACUUUGCGCUGGGGAGGGGUGUGCGCCAGGGUUGCCUGCUCUCGCCUCUGCUGUUUAAUCUUGCUAUUGACCCAUUACUGAGAGCUAUUGAGAAGCUACAGGGGUUUAGGGGCAUACUGAAGGGUGAUGUUACACUGAAAGUCACAGCAUUUGCUGCUGAUCUGUUACUCUUUAUUACUGACCCACAGCGCUCCCUGACACCCCUUGUUGACUUGCUAGAGACAUUUCGUGACAUGGCGGGUCUCAGGAUCAAUUGGGCUAAAUCAUGUGCCCUUCACUUGAGUGGAUGCCCUCUGCCGUCACUCCCUUAAAGGACCACUCUAGGCACCCAGACGACUUCAGCUUAAUGAAGUGGUCUGGGUGCCAGGUCCAGCUAGGGUUAACCCAUUUUUUCAUAAACAUAGCAGUUUCAGAGAAACUGCUAUGUUUAUAAAUGGGUUAAGUCUUCCCCUGUUUCCUCUAGUGACUGUCUCAUUGACAGCCACUAGAGGCGCUUGCGUGCUUCUCACUGUGCUGGAAAAAGGUAAGUUUUUUUUCCCCUUUCCCCCUUCCAGAGCCGGGUGGGAGGGGGACCCUGAGGGUGGGGGCACCCUCAGGGCACUAUAGUGCCAGGAAAACGAGUAUGUUUUCCUGGCACUAUAGUGGUCCUUUAAGGGGUUCCUCUGCGGUGGCAAUUGAGGGCGCUUAAAUAUCUUGGCAUUGGGGUCGCUAGAGAUCUCUCCCUCACAUAUAACUUAAAUAUUCCGCCAAUCUUAAUGGCCAUCUUUGCAGAGUUUGAACAUUGGCACAAGUUGCCUUUAUCUUACAUUGAAAGGGUCAAUCUAUGCAAAUUGGUCAGUUUUCCUAAACUGUUAAAUCCCCUCCAGAUUAUUUCACUCAAACAUGAAAGAAAUGCAUUUGCCUAUAAGCAAUGUUUCAGUCCAACUACCUUGACAUAUUACGGAAAGUUUCAUAAUUGGACUGAAAUUGUAAAUGUAUGUUAUUGCACAGCAGUAAAAAGUGACGUUAUCUUGCUUAUUUUGGAGUAACAAGGGUGUGCCCUUCACUUUGGCUGACAACUGGAUGAGCUCAGUUAACGCCAAUUUAAUUCCCAUAGGAAAGCAUUGGGAGGCUAUUGCGCAUGUGUGGCAAAACCAUAUGCUUCACCGCACCAUACGGCAUGUCCUCAAAGAGAUGCAUUGUAUCCAUGCAUCUCUAUGAGGAGCGUUCAGCGCCUCCAUGCAGAGCGUGGAGAUACUCAGCAUAGGUGCUGAACACUGUGCAGCACUGGACUAAGAAGUAGCUCUAGAGGCCGUCUGAGUGACUGUCACUAGAGAUGUUCCUAGGCAGCAAUGUAAACACUGCCUUUUCUCUGAAAAGGUAGCAUUUACAGUGCUCAGCAUACAGGGACAGGCUAUAGACACCAGAACCACUACAUUAAACUGUAGACGUUCUGGUGACUGUAGUGUCCCUUUAAUUCAAAGUCUUUCUCUCACCGGUCGGCUCUAAAUUACUGGGAGAGCAGGAGACACAAGUGAAGAUGCAUUUUGCUUGUGUCUUUCUCCCCCAAGCCCCUUUGUCUCUUUACAGGAAGCCAGGAUCCACGCACACCAGGAAGUAAUUGUAUAAUUAGACUGUAUAUAAAAACGGAACACACUCUUGAAGAAGCCCUGGACGGGCAAAACGCGUCAGUGGAACCCUUUUAUUGUUACCUACCAUUGUUAUACUAUACUUUUGUUAAAUAAAUAGUAAGUUUUAUUAUACUUCACUUAUCUAUUAUUUUUUACUUCCUGGCACCAUCACAUCCUAAGGUGGGGAUUGUACCACCCAGGCUGUAUAUACUAGAGCAAAUCCUGCUCUAGUAAAUGUAAGUACAAUACUUGAUUUUCCUUUCAUUUGGAAUAGUACUUACUUCACCAUAGAAGUAUCACUCUGUAUCUUUUCUCCAAAUGUCCUGCAUACUGCACUCUAUUUGAGACGAUAGAGACGUCCACAUCUACAAAAUCCUUAGACGGGGAUCAUUCCGUCCACGCACAUUACGGUAGAGCUCCAAGUCAGCUCUAGUAAAUGUGAGUGCUACCAUAUAGAAGUAUCUCACCACCCCUCAUCAGCUAUACUGUACUGCACUAUUGUAUAUAUCUUGUUUUUCUUUUUGAGGUUAAUUGUGUGUACCAUUACGGAAAGAAUUGUAUAUGUAUAUACCUAUAUACAUUUUCUGAUAUACUAUUUGGGGUGCGGUCUCCUACCACUCUUCUGUUUCAUAUCUUACUUCUCACAAGGUCUGGGAAUCGUUGUACUGGUUACUGCAGCCCACAGCCACCCUAGACUGUUAUAGUGAGCGCCUAAUACUUUUGUUUUCAUCCUAUCUUAUAAGUAAACCAGCCUGCUGCAUGCGAUGUUGUUACAAUGUGAUAUCCCAGCAUGCAGUUCUCUACCAAGACCUGUGCAUGGCCGCAUGAGCUUGAGUGUACGGUGAAGGAUGACUAUUCUAUGAAAAGCACCACCCUUACUUCUUCACUAUUAUUGGAACUGUACACCUUAUCAAAUAGCUUCUCUUUUUCUGCUCACAGGAAAGUACAAAGUGGUUAAAGGCAUUAUUUCUCCAGUGGGUGAUGCAUACAAAAAGAAAGGACUCCUUGAAGCCUCUCAUCGCCUAGCCAUGGCAGAGCUGGCAACCAAGAACACCGACUGGGUGGAGGUGGAUGCGUGGGAGUGCUCACAGACGGAAUGGGUGGAGACCGUGCGGGUGAUGAGGUAUCUUUAACACAAACCGGACAAUGCAUUAACGGAAAUUAGCAUGGGCACUGUUUUUCCCUUUCUUUCUUAGAUUGUUUAGCCCUAUCUCAUGGCUUUAAACAAGGCAAGACACGUUGUGGCAAGUGGGACUAUUUAUUUCUCUACAAAUUGCUUGUGCGUAUAACUUCUCAUAAGGGUUGAGCACCAUAUGGUACCUGGGUCUGCUUAAGAGAUUCAUAUAUAGCCUUUACAGGUACAGUCCAGGCACCAACACAACUUUAAUGAGUUUUUGCUUUUUGUUUGUUUUGGGGUUUUUUCCCUCUCAAUUCUAUCUAUUUUACGUAGGAAAAAGAUAAUACAUACCAUUAUGCAUAGGGCACAUAAAAUACAUGCAUGUGUUGGCAUACUAUGUAAAUUGUUUUCAAAGAUAGCAGUAAUUACAAAGGACAAACUUUGUAGAAUCCAUAUUGUGUAGGUACCUUAUCUGUCCCUUUACCAGGGGCAGAGUACUAUUUGUAUUCUAGAUUACUAAGAUUAGAUGUAAUUAUCUGCAAUGUGUCAUGUUUUUGCUAAUUAAUGUUUUCACCCAAAACAAAUAUUUAAUGAAAAGAAAACCUGAGUGAUUCAGCAAUAUGUCGCAAUAUUUACAAGAUCAUAAGAGAAUAAAUAGUUGCAGGGCACUCAGACUACAAAAAAAAAAUAUAAUACAAAGAAGGCUACUAAAAUGCCUAUCUGAGAAUAAAUAUGGGGAUUUGGUUCCACCAUAUGGCCAUAUGUUGUUAAGCCCACCACUACUUUCAAAGUACCCCAAUAUUGGUGGGUCCUACGCUAAAAAUGUGGGGGACAAAUUAAAUAGUACUAGUGUUGAAAAUGACAAGUGUUAAAUUAAAUCCUGAUAAGAGCAUAGUGAGUAUACAAAAAUAAGUGAUGAAAGCAAUUAAAAACAAUGUUAAAACUAAACAAAUAAUGUGUUAGUGCUAAAAGGAGUAUACUCACUAUUGCAGAUGAUAUCUGUGCUGACUAGAGAAAAUAAUAAAAGUGACUAGACUAUUGAGAAACUCCUCCUAUAUAUAUACACACCUGUGGCCACCUCUAGUCAGCACAGAUAUCAUCUGCUAUAGUGAGUAUACUCCAUUUAGCACUAACACAUUAUUUGUUUAGUUUUAACACUGUUUUUAAUUGCUUUCAUCACUUAUUUUUGUAUACUCACUAUGCUCUUAUCAGGAUUUAAUUUAACACUUGUCAUUUUCAACACUAGUGCUAUUUAAUUUGUCCCCCACAUUUUUAGCGUAGGACCCACCAAUAUUGGGGUACUUUGAAAGUAGUGGUGGGCUUAACAACAUAUGGCCAUAUGGUGGAACCAAAUCCCCAUAUUUAUUCUCAGAUAGGCAUUUUAGUAGCCUUCUUUGUAUUAUAUUUUUUUUGUAGUCUGAGUGCGCUGCAACUAUUUAUUCUCUUUAAGCAUGAGGUUUGGUCACUGCGGCAGCACCUUUCAUACAAAAUGCAGGUCUCGGGAAUGCCCCCUAUCCUUUUUCAAUAUUUACAAGAUCAACGUCGCCGAUUCGGAGUUACUUGCAGGGUCAUGCACAUUGAAUGCAUCGUUCGGUCACACGACCUGCUUCUACAUAGCGAUUUGAAAACUGCCUGCCCAAAUGGCACCUCCUUAAGUGUUGAAUGUUUGUGGAACGUAAUUUCUGGUGCUGAAUUGUAAGCGUCACCCAGGCGACCUUGUCUGUGCACUUUUUGGAGUUGCAGGGGUGAUAUAGAUCAAUCAGAGUUUAUGGAGAACUUAAGUAUCCCUAUUUAAUCCUGUUUUGACCCUAGUUCAGUGCCAUGUCGUAGUUUCUGCCUUAGUACCUGAUUAGUGUGUUAGUGUUUGACUUUGUUUCUUUCUUUGUUUUUUUACAUUUAAGUGACUCUAUAGUUCCUCUCAUUGAAGUGGUCUAAGUGCAGUGUCGCUGUUCCACUUAGUUCUGCAAUGUAAAACAUUGAAGAUUUAGAGUAACUGCAAUGUUUACAAUGGGGUACUAAGACUGCCUCGAGUGGCUGUCCACAGACUCACUUUAAAUUAAUACAACCCACCAAAUGAUACAGCAAUACUCUGCAUGAAAAAGACAGAUUAUGGUCUUUACAAUGCUCUUAUUAUUGUCCUGCUAUGAAAUAUGUGAUGGGUGAUUUCCUAAGUGUAAACCUCUGAUCAUGUCUCUGAUAUAUUAGGGCACGAAAUGUCUGCACCCAUUGGGAUCAAAAUCUUAUUGACUGCUAUGGUAAUCCCCUUGGUUUUCUCAGCUGCUUUAGAAGUUGUCAAGAUCAAUGAUACGAAUUUUGGAUGAUAUAUCUGCUAAGUGCUGCUUCUGGUUUUCAAUUUGACUUUGUUUGGAUAAGUCUUUCUCAUGCUUUCAUUGUAUUAAUGUAUUUAUUUCCCUGCCAGACAUCACCAGCAGAAGCUUGAGGCUGAAUGUCAGGAAUCUCCAGAAAAGGUGGCGCACAGGAAGGGCCACAAAAGGAAACGAGAUCGCAGCUGCCAGGAUGUGCCGGACCUCAACUGCUCAAAUCGCAAAGGUGACAAAUGAGAUUGGUAAAAAGGGCAUUAAGCCCUUUAAGUACCAGGUAUUGGCAGGUUCAUGGUAAAUUGGUUAAACUAUUCAUCCAUCUCUAUAUAACAAAUUGUAUAGCAAUAUUUACCGAACUGCGAACUAGAUUGCAAAGCUUAUGUUUAAAAAAAAAAAAGUUUCUAACUCUGUUUUCUCUGUUUUUUGCCACAUUUUGCACUUCGGUUGUCCACGUGCUACAUUUCACUCUUUCAUAAACCAACCCGUGGGAGGUUAAAUGAAGAAGGUCUGAUGUCUCCAUGCUUUGUUUUGCAGUGGUCCCUCAAAUUAGGUUACUGUGUGGGGCAGACGUCCUGGAGUCUAUGAGUGUCCCCAACUUGUGGAAGGACGAAGACGUGUUAGAGAUCAUCUCCCGCUUUGGUGUUGUCUGCAUCAGCCGACUAGGGAAUGACAUCCGUAAAUUCAUCUACGAGUCAGACAUUCUCUGGAAACACAAAAACAAUAUCCAUCUGGUGGAAGAGUGGAUUAGCAAUGACAUUUCCUCCACGAAAAUUAGACGGGCCUUGAGAAGAGGACAAAGUGUUCGAUACUUGGUGCCUGACGCAGCUCUGGAGUACAUUGAAAAGCAUGAGUUGUACAAUGAGCAGAGUGAGGAGAAAAAUGCAGGCCUCAGUCUAGAGCCCUUUAAACGAAAUUGUUUCUCCAACCCUUCUUAGUAAUGAUCAGUUAAAUGGACACUCCAGAGCCCUAAAGCACUUCAGAUUGCUGAAACUUUUUAUGUGUGAAGAGUGUGUCCUGUUUUUUUUCAUUUUACAAAAAAAUUCAGAUUUCAGUAGAAAUUGACAACUUUAUUAAUAAUGGUGUUACAACCCCCUGGCUUUCAAGUAGGCAAAAGAUCCUGUUACUUCCUGGUUUGUUUAGCUCAGUUAAUCUAAACUCAAGAGGCAGCAAUUGCCCAGAGCACCUGCCUUGCAAAGACUUCUCAUUGAGCUGCAUUGGGAGUCUGUGAUUGGACAGAUGAAGAAAGUCUGGGCGGGGUUAGAAGGGGAGAGCUCGGAAAGAUUGCAGACAGGAGAUCUGAAGGUUUGCAAGCUGUUUUUAGACCUACCCCAAUGAAAGAAAUGCAGAAUUAAAUCCAUGCAUUUUUUCAUUAUGGGUAUAUCUACUAAACAGUGAUUUUUAUUUAUUUUGUAUGUAUGCAGUGGUGUGUCCCUUUAAAUAAAGUCAGUCACUGCUUCCUACAGCAGUAAUCAUAAUUCAUCUUCUACAGAAGAAAUCAAUGCAGUAAUUGUGAUUCUCGGCCAGCCUCUUUGAGUUCCAAGGUCUUCUGCCCUAUUAAUGUGCUGGAGAACCCUGCCACUGCUGUCAGUAAUUGCAUUGGGUUUUUUCAAUAAAGGUGUUUGUUUUAUUCACUUUGAUAUUAUUUUUCUCUGUGUGUUUCUGAAAUUACCUUUUAGGAAUAAAGCAAUAACAACUGUUCCAGGUGUAGUGGUUAUGGUGCUCUGCAUGUUUCUAGAGGCAGCAAUCCUUAUGUAUAUAUAUAAAGGGUUAUUUUAUAAAUUAGCAGCCGGGUGGAGGUUUACCAAGAAUUUUGGUCAGUGACUUUUUACAGUUAUUCACACCAAAACAAAAACUGUACAGUCAAAUAAUCGGACGCGUUUGGUGCAGUCAGGACUUUCU